AUGGAUGAAGAAGGGGUGGUGCAUCGCAUUGUUGAUGAGGCAGUGGAUGAGGAGACAUUGAGGGGCUGUGAUUUCAUCCACGAUUUCGUCUGUUCCCCAUGCGAAGAAGAUGGAUUGAACACGGAAGCUCAAUAUUUCUGUAAUCAGUGUACGAAAUAUUACUGCGUAAACUGUGUCCCAGUUUACAACAAGCUAUUCAAGAGACAGUCGGUGCUCGACCGGACGGACAUGACGAAAUUGGCAGCAGCACCAGGGAUGGUGGACGUCCUUGAGAGAUGCGAGAGGCACCCCGGGGAGGCGCUCAAGCUGGUCUGUGGUGACCAUGACCAGCUGUGUUGUCACGUGUGCGUUGCCAUGGAUGUGUGUCUGUGUCUGUCUAUUUGCCCGCCUGCCUACCUGUCUGCCUGUCUGACUGUGCGUGCACAAUGUUCAGCAAUACAGCACAUUCCAGUCGUUGCAAAGGGCAUCCGCAAAGAUCCCGAGUUUCGUCAACUACCUCAACGGGUAGCUGUUCUUAGGAAGCAGAUAGAAGAUAUGAAAAACGACAGAAAAAAAAAUAGUUCCUCACUGAGGAAGACUCGAACAGCCAUUGUUGAUGAAAUCAAAGCAAUCCGUAAAAAGAUCAACGACAUUCUUGACAAGAUGGAGCAAACAACCGUUCAAGAUUUAGACCGUCUGGUAGCUGAUCAGGAAAUGUCCAUUAAGAAAGAAAUGGAAUCCUGCACACAGAUGGAAGACGAAUUAAAGAGAAUUAUGGAUGACAUACAAAGCAAAGACUCAUCAGGCGAACCACCCCUAUAUAUUGGGUUCAGAAAAUGUGAAGAAAAAAUCAAACAAGCAAAAGAAAUUCUGCAAAACAUGUCAAAUGUUGUCAAAUACGAUUUAACUUUUCGUAAACAUAAUGGAAUAGAAGAUAAAUUGUCCUCGAUGGAGACAUUUGGAGAGUUAAAUGAAUCGAAUGUUUUUGGUAAACAACCACUGAUAUCACUAUUCCCCCGAGAUCAUGUAUUCGGUACCAAAGGUUACAAGGAGUACAACGUGAAGAUGAGUUCAGACAAAGAAAAAUGUGAUAUUGAAGGGAUAUGUGAACUGCCUGGUGGAGAGUUUGUUAUUACAGACUCCACCAACAUGAAAGUGAAACUCCUGGACCACGAGUUCAGGUUUGUCGACCACUGUGAUGUCUCCGAGUAUCCAUUUGACGUGUGCCACAUUGGCGGAAAUGAGGUUGCCGUUUGUGUUGACAACUUUAAUAAAAGACAUGAACUUCAUUUCAUUGACAUAUCAAAAGCAAAACUUGUGACUACGAGAAAAUCAAGUUUCAUCCAUGGAUGUUACAGCGCAGCUCAUCACGGGAACAACCUUUACAUUUCAUCACGCACAGCGCUGUACGUCUAUACGAUGACGGGGAAGCAGGUAAAGAAGCUGUACGAGGACAUGUCGGGUGAUUACACGGUGAAGAGAAUUGCCAUCAGUAACGACGGGAAGACUAUCUACAUCACAAACUUUGAAAAUAAUCAACUUAUCACCCUGGACAAUCUCGGCAACAAGCUGGCCACAUUCACUGAUCCUGACUUGAGGGGACCUUGCGGAGUAUACGCGACAACUGCUGGACACGUGUUCGUCUGCUGCUAUAACUCUAACACAGUGCUGCAGGUUGACAAGGACGGGAAGACGAAGUUGGCCACACUGGCUAGGCAACAAGACGGAGUGUGCUACCCUAAAGCUUUGUUCUUCAGCAGCCGUAGUUCCUCUCUGGUUGUCGGCGGAUAUGAAGACACGCUUCUCGUUAUCAGUGUACGAUAA